AUGGCCCUCGAAGUUAUUUCCUCCAGCAGCGACGGCACCCUUCCACUGGGAACGUUGUUGUUUGCUGUCUUUGUCGUUAUUGCUUCUAUCUUCAUUUACUAUGCGCAGGAAGAGCGGCCGUAUCCAGGUUUCAAGCUCAUUGGAAAAGAGCCGGGAGAAUGGACCAAUGCAAAGGCGAAAGAGCGGUUCGUUAAGAACGCCAUCUCGAUUAUGAAGCGGGGUAUGGAUGAGUGUCAAGGGAAGGUGUUCCAGGUCAUUGGUAAAAAUGGGCCUGUCAUCAUCCUACCACCUUCUUUCACCGAUGAAAUUCGGAACAACGAGCAUCUUUCUUUGACUGGUUUUGGCGCAAGGGACUUUUUCCCCUCCUACCCUGGUCUCCACGUCUUUGGAGAGGGAAUCCAAGACCACCACAUAUUCCAGGACGUCGUUCGUAAGAACCUCACGCAAGCGCUUGGUGGAAUGACGGCCGGUCUUUCCGAGGAAGCCACCCAAGUCAUCGGACAGCUCAUCCCAGCAGCCAAAGACUGGACCCCCAUGCAAUUCUCCCACGUCUCCCCCAUGAUCGCCGCCCAACUCUCGGCCAAAGUCUUCCUCGGCGAGCCCAUCUGCCACAACCGCGAGUGGCUCGCCAUCUCGAUCCGCUACACCGUCGACGCCUUCAACGCCGCGCGCGUGCUGCGCACCUACGCGCCAUGGGCCCGCCCGCUCGUCUACCGCUUCCUGCCCGAGCUGCGCACCGUCCAGAACCACGUCAAGCAGGCGCGCGCCAUCAUCGAGCCCGAGAUCGCCGCCCGCCGCGCCGCACGCCAGGAGGCGCUGUUGCGGGGCGAGAAGACGAAGUCGACGGAUGCGAUUGGGUGGUUUGAGGAUGUGGCUGCGGGGCGCCCGUUUGAUUUUGUGUCUGGCCAGUUGUUGUUGAGUGUCGUGUCGAUUCAUACGACGUCGAUGACGCUGAUGACGCUACUCUACGACUUGACGGCUAAUCCGCAGUACAUCGACCUCCUGCGGGAGGAGAUUGUUCAGGUGCUGAAGGAGGAUGGCGGGUGGAAGAAGACGAGUCUGUACAAGAUGAAGCUGCUGGAUAGCUGCAUGAAGGAGAGCCAGCGUGUCCAUGUGCUGGGAGCUAAUGCCAUGCAGCGCCGUGUGGAGAAGACCGUCACACUCUCGGAUGGCACCAGGCUGCCUAAGGGGUCUUUCAUUUCCGUCCCGACCUACCAGAUGUUCGAUCCCAAAUACUGGGGCCCUGAUGCGGAAAAGUUUGACGGACACCGGUUCUUGAAUAUGCGCAACCAGCCCGGACAGGAGAACCGUUGGCAGUUUGUGACUACCAGUGCGGAACAUCUGGGCUUUGGGCACGGACAACAUGCUUGCCCCGGCCGCUUUUUCGCUAGCAACGAGAUCAAGAUUGCUAUUGCUCACUUGCUGCUGAAGUAUGAUUGGAAGUUUGAGGGCGGGCAGCCGAAGAGUCUUACUGAGUCUGAGUACGUCCCGGAUCCGAGCGCAAAGAUUUUUUACAAGUCGAGGGAGUGUGAGAUUGAGCUGUAG